GAAAUAAAUUUUAUGAUGAUAUUUUUUACUGCACAUAUAUACUUGGUAAUUCUACACCUUGCUCUAUCCUUUGGGGUCUAGGGUAGAAUCCACAUAACUCUCACACUGGAUAUUGGCCAGUAUAAAGAAGUACCAUGAUUUGACAGCUAUGUGCCCCACCAAAAAGUUGCAUUACACAUUGAAUAAAAACAGUAUCAGGCCAUGCUGGGAAUGGCGUGCGAUCGCACGCCCACGCCUUGGCACACGCCUUCCAUUGCUCAGAAGUGCAGUUUAUCGCACGCCUUAAACGCCCUAAAGUGACCAAUAUUGCCCAAUGUUAUUUUUUUAUCAUAAUUCAACUAUCAACGAACGGUGCUAAUCACGCAAUCGUUUCUAUUUGAUUUCUGUUUGACGGGGAAUUUGGGAAAUGUUCUAAUUGGCUUAAGAAGCAGUAUAGUCGCCGCCUUUCUGAUUGUUAAUGCAAAUCACGAUAAGUGUGAAAUUCACAAAUAUUGUGAUUUUGCAGUUUCCUUUUUCCCUGAGUCAGUUUCCUCUCGGCUUUGAAUUCAGUUCAUAACUAUUGUGUAUUCUGAUGCCGUUAUCAUUUUUGAGUUGAUUUCUUAAAGAACAGUGUAUCUUACCGUACCAAUAUGGCUUCGACAGUGAAGAAAAGUAAGGGAACCAUUAAGGAACUGCACACUUUCUUAAAAUGGGGGAAAAGCGAAAUCAUCGGACAUAAGAUUGAGAUUUUCGACUCCAAGCAAUAUGUGACACGGACAUGGUGUAAAUUGUGCUCGAAGUACAGAGAUCAGAUUGUCAGUCAUCCAACAAUCAAAGGGGCAGCUGUCUCGGCCGUUAGAGCUUUUGCGGAUGGUACCGAAGUUGUGACGAAGUAUCAGGUAAAUACAAAUAAAUUCAGGACUGGGCUAAGGAUCAAGCUGUUUUGGGGGUCGAAUUGUUUCGAAACAGCUAGUUGGCACUCAUAAUCGAUAAGUUUGACACAUUUGAUAAUCGUUCUUAAGACUUUAUUUCGAUUUUAUUGUUGUUUGAUGUCUGCGAGUUUUAUAAUAACGAUAUCUUAUCAUAUUUUUAUAAACGAGUUUCUAUCAAUGUGUUUAUUAUAAAUAGUUUCUUGUGUAUAGCUAUGUUAUCACGGAGCAGAAGUUUCUUAAUUCUGACCUUAUUUUAGUUCCAAAAGUUCCAAAAAUUUAUUAAGUUUCUAAUAAAAAUAUUUUGAAAUAAAUGUAACAAAACUUUUCUGCAGGUGGAUCGCCAUUUGCUUGGAGAAGCACAUAAGAUUGCAUUGAUGCUUGACAAUCGCCAAAACCCAGAGCAACGGCUGGACACAUCCAAGCUUGUCGUUGAAUGACUCUGGGAGAGAAGCUUUCACAAAAUUGAUGAGGACUGCAUAUGAAAUGGCUAUAACACCUUCAAUGCCGCACAAGCAUUUCAAAGUGCUUGUAAAAUGCCAACGUGCAAAUGGAAUCAGGUUGGUUGAAGGCAAAGAUGGGGGACAUGCUGCCCGUGAAUUUAUUCACUGCAUUGCCGGAGCGAUAAAAGAAAAAUGCGCAGCAAUCAUUGCAAGCAGCCAUUUUAUGUCCAUACUUUCUGAUGGCUCUCAAGCAAGAAAAACAAAGGACGAAAAGGAACUUGUUCUUGUCAGGACAGCAAGGAAUGGCAUCCCAGUGUAUUUUGUGAUGUCGUUGCUCGAAAUGUCAGAUUUGGGUGGAGCAAACGCUGAUUCCAUUAAAGCUGCCAUUGACGGCAUUUUUUGUGAGGGUGAUGGUGGUAAAGUUCAAGAUGGUCCUGUACCACUGGCGGACUACAAGACCAAGGUUAUGUGUGCAACUGCAGAUGGCGCAAAUGUCAAUGUUGGGGUAUAUUCCGGAGUUCUGACCCAAAUGAAAAAUGAGAGGGAAUGGCUUGUAACCAUCCACUGUGUUAACCACCGACUUGAGCUUGCUUUAAAGGAUGUUGUAAAAGGCUUUAAGCCUUUCAAAAAAGUUGAUGAUUUCUAUAAAGACGUGUGGUCACUGUUAAAGAAUUCUGGUAAGCUAAAAGCAGAAAUAAAAAAAUCUUGCGAGGCACUUAACAUAACUCAUUAUGAAUUUUCCAAAAUUCAUGGGACACGUUUCCUGAACCAUCGAAGGAGAGGAUUUGCCAAACUGCUUAACAACUGGCCCGCAUUGACCACAGCAUUUAAUAAUGCACUAGCUGCCAACAAAGGGUACCGUCCAGAAACAAAAGCAAAACUCACUGGAUUUUUGAAGAAGUUGAGAAGUUAUCAAUUUCUUUGCCAUGCUGCUGGAUACUUGGAUGUUCUUGAAACAUUAGGGCCACUUUCGUUGGUUUUCGAAAGGAGUGAGCUGAUGGCUUAUGAAAUACCAGCAUCUGUAGAAAAGACGAUGGAUGCACUUGAAGAGAUUUCCCAGGCCUGUAUUGAAGACCUACCUUUGUCCAGUUACUUGGCAAAAUACAAAAUUGCCCAUGGUCACGAAAAUACUCUCAGAGCAAAUUUCCCCAAAGCUGGGCACGAAAAGCGAAAGCCCCAGAAUCGUGAAUACAUUGAUGUUCAUCUGGAGCAGAUGACCGAUGUUGAUUUCGCCACCAUAGAAAAAGCUGUCAAGAUAAGAAAAGAUGCUGCUAACAUUCUACGUCCAAAAAUUGACACUCGCUUCUCCACAUACGAUCAGGAAAUUUUUGGAGCAACAGUCUGGCUAGACCCAAAACUUUGGGACAAUAGCAACAAGAUGUAUGGCAAUGCAGAGAUAAACAGGUUGUGUGUUGAAUUUGAUGUCCCAUUGACAGCAGCUGGCUUUGAAAAAUCUAAAAUUUUUGAUGAGUGGCGCUCUGUCAAAAUUCUACAACGAUCCUUGUAUUCAAAGAUGGAGUGCUUGCAAUUUUGGGAAAAGAUGCUCGGUUUCCGACGUGAAGAGUUCCCCAAUAUGGCAUUAUUGGUAGAAUUAGCCUUGUGCAUGUCAGGAUCUAAUUCCUCAGUGGAGAGGUGUUUCAACAUUCUUUCUCUAGUGCUUUCUGACCGACGCCUUGGAAUGUCACACGACAUGAUGGAAAAAUGCAUGAUUAUUGCUUCCAACGACAAAAAUUGGUCAAGAGAGGAAAAGGCAAUGGUUAUCAAUCGUGCGGUGGAUGCAUACAUGCAAAAAAGGAGAACAGCUGUUUUCACAAGCAAAAACACAGAUGCCGAAAAUAUUGCAUCUACAAAUGCGCUGGCUCAAUGUUCUGCAAUGGAAGACAAUUCCGGCAGUGACGACAGCGACUCGGACUUUAACAUUGAAUCAGAAUCUUCUUGUUCGGACAGCGAAGAAAAUGAUGAUUCAAUGGAAUAGAAUUUUUACUACAUAUAUACACACAAUUUUUUAUAAGAAAGUGCUUUGUAGGAACCGGUAAAAGGCCAACAAUAUUUAGAAACUUACACAGGCGUAUGAAAAAUUACAACAAAAAUUUUAAAUUUUGAUUCUUAUGAAAUGUAUGACUUGUGAUGCUUUAGCUUGUAGUUUUCUUUUAAAAUAGAAAAAGGUGUAAUUAACAAUUUAUUUCGUUCCAACAUUAGUCAACAGAUUAACUUUCUUUAGCAGAAGCAGACGAGCAGGGUUUAAAAAUUGUGGAAUUACAUAUUAAUUAUAUAACCUACCUUAUUGUUAAUGUUGUUCUCUUUAAUAGUUGGAUUUGUCGUUAAUAAAGGUUGCCUAAUAAAAAUGUAUUGAUUGGACUAGCCUUGUCUUAUGUUCUCUUACGAUAGAGUUAUGUAGUCUAGUCUAUAUACAGAUGAAUGUACUAUUAAGUACUUUGGUGCAAUAGCACACCAUCGCACGCCUUAGCACCACAAGGAGUGUGAUUUAUUGCACCCCUACCAUUUUAUUCCCAGCAUGGCCUGCAGUAUUGUAUUCAGGGUGGUAAGAUUGGGGGGAAAGGAAGAUUGAGCAGCUAAUUGCCCCCCAAAAAUUGCAUUAUACAAUGAAUAAAAGCAGUAUUAUAGUCAGGGUGGUAAGAUUUGGGGCAAUGGCAGAUUGAGCAAAGGAAUAUCAGAAAAUGCCCCUUUUGAAGACAAUCUUUGCCAUGGGUCUUUUUGUCAACAACAGCUGUUUAUAGCUCAUACCCUGACCUAGCAAAGGUAGCCAGCCCAUUCAUCUUUACACCACCCAACUGCCAAGGUGAAGUCUAUAGAUAUAUUUGGCGUAAGCUACAUGGAUUGCAGCCUGGUUUGAGGCUAAUGUAAUGUAAACCUUAUAAAUAUAAUUGACAUUUACUCUCAUGAAGCCAAACCUAGGACAAUAUAUGAAUCUACUAAUUUUAUUUGAAUAUAUAUAUUUUGCAAAAUAAUAAUUUGCUGCAUUAUUUUUCAUCAAUUUUUUCCUGCUAGUCAUAAUAAAGUUGUGCCUUG